AUGUCAUAUGCAUUUGAGCAUCUCGACGUCUGUCUACCAAUAACGGCGGUUCGAGUGCUCGAUGCCCCCAAUGGUCGACUUAUUAUAAGUGGCCAUGGACCAUAUCUGCAAGUGGUUGAUGACGCAACCGGCAUACUUCUGGAUCGGAUUCAAAUAUUUCAGAGAAAUAAUGUCCAUGGCAUCCAGCUUUCCAAUUUGAAACCACCAAAGCCUGCUUUCUAUGCUUUUUUUGUCUGGGGUGGCCAAUCCUUUCGACUAUGCAGUUUAGAAAUAGAUCGCCCUGAGAGCGUCUCACUUUCAUUUCUGAGUCCCGAGUGUGCUGCGCCUGACUGGAUUCUUGAUGCAAGUUUUCAUCAACCAGGAAACGAUGAUCCAAACUCUGUUAUACUGAGUAGCGCAUGCUUAAUAACAGCGCAUAAUGUUCUAUUUGGAUUAAAUUUUGAAAAUGGACUUGCAAAGUAUCACGCAAAACUUCAACUGUACGAGAUAGGGACAGGACUAAAGUCCGUACUAUAUUCUGCGGAUGUCUCAUGGCUAUCACCAAAGCAAGUUCUAGUUGCUGCAGGUACAGUCUUCGGGGAAAUAGUUGUUUGGUCAUGUCUCCUAUCCACAGAUUCGAGGAUGUCUCCCUUUGAGAGCGCUUCUGUCGUUAUUCAUCACCUUUUCAUUGGACAUGAAGGUUCCAUUUUUGGAGUGGAUAUAUCUCCAGAAAUCAGAUGGCCGAAUGAUGUUCAAGCGCGAAGAUUUUUGGCAAGCUGCAGCGAUGACCGAACAAUACGAAUUUGGGAUAUUUCUGACUGUGUUUAUAUGGAGAACGGGACAAAUGAAGAUGUGUCUGUUAGACCAGCGACUCGGUCAACCGGUUUUGGAGAUAUUUUCCGAGAUGAUAUGGAGGUGGAUCCCAAAGCUUGCAUUGCGAAAGCAUGGGGUCAUGCUUCCAGAAUUUGGAGCGCUUGUUUUGUAGAUAUGGCUAUAUCAGAGAAAACAGCUUCAUUCAUGCUCGUGUCUCGCGGUGAGGAUGCAACCUGCCAAGUUUGGGAGUUGAACUUGCGACGUAGUUCCGCUACGGAGGAUCACCAAGUGUCAUACAAAAAUGCAGUACUUAAAAAUACAUCCAUCCACGCCUAUCAUGCGGGGAAGAAUAUUUGGUCUAUGGCAGUCCAUGUAUCAUCGGAUUCGACUGCUACUAUUUAUUCUGGAGGUGCUGACGGGAGUAUAAUAUCAUUCGGCAUCAACACCAGAGAAGCCUCAUCCCACUACCGGACAAACACAGAAACAUAUGAUAUAUAUGACCUUUCGCUACGUCAGUCUGCUUCGCUUGGGUCACCAGUUGGUACUCCAACGCAGAAACUAAAAUCGGGUGACAAGCUACAUCGGUAUGCAUUUGUUUCAGGGACUUGCAUUGUCGCUCUGUCUUCCCGCGGGAAAUUGAUUAUGGCUUUUAUUUCAGCACCGGAAACCGAACAGGCUCAUACUGCAGAUCAGGGGGAAACUUCCCCUGUGUCCUGGGAAACUAUUGCAUCUUUGGACACCCCCGGAUCUCAGUUUGCUCUUGCUGGCCGCUCAGAUCUAGGGAUAGCGAUUAUAGGUGACGUGAAAGGUACUAUUUGGUGGUAUAGGCAUGACAACAGAGAUCUCCUUACGUUCACCCAGCUUGAAAAGAAAAUAACAGGUAUAAUAUUUGCGAGUUCGGAGCCUAAGUGUGGUUCCAACAUGGGACCCAUCACAUCAGUUGCCUUUGUCACAAUAUCUGUGGAAAUACCAAACUCAAAUUUAUUCUUGAUUAGCGACAAAAAUUCACCUCAGGACUUUAAUAAAAUUGCACUAGAAUUGCCCUCCACCUUUCUGACAACCAGUGCCGUCCUCAUCGAACACAAGUCCCAUUUAAUAUUAGGGUCCAAAACCGGCCAUUUAGCUAUAUUCGACCUUGAAAGGCCUACCAAAUUUCAUUCCAUUGUUCCUGUUCUCAUUGUCUUCAAUAUUCACGCAAGAGACACUGUCACAUCAAUUACUCAGUUACAACAACCCAUUGACAGCGGAAACUUAAUUCUUACCACUGGGAGGGAUGGUUAUUAUUGCAUUCAUGCUCUUGUCAGAACUGGAAAUGCGAAUACCCCCCUGACCCUACAAACUAUUCACAGAAUGGCACCUCCUUUUGGACCAUAUGUUGACGGUGCCUAUUUUGACAAAACUACUGGCGACUUGAUACUCUUCGGGUUUAAGAGCACGGAUUUCAUCAUAUGGAAUGAAUCGAUUCAAGCUGAACGAGCCUCAAUAGAAUGCGGGGGUGCUCAUCGGAUUUGGGCAUACAACUCGUAUCAUGCAGAUGAACAACACGAGAUUUUCGCGUGGACUAAGGCAUCUAGUUUUAACUUAUUUAGGAAAAAAGCUGUACUACACCAUGGCAUCAAGCUUGGUAACCACGGGCGGGAAAUUAAAGUUGCAGCUAUUUCCGGGGCUCCAUUCGAGUUUGAAGGAACUAGGCAUAGAAUUAUUGCUACGGGGGGCGAGGAUACUCUGAUUCGUAUCUCUAUUCUUGAUGAGGCGAAUGUGGCGAAGCCGACUGGCGCAUUCCGUUGUCUUCGAAAUUUGAAAAAGCACAACGCAGGUAUCCAGCAUCUUCAAUGGUCACCAUGCGGAAAGAUUUUGUUCAGCAGUGCGGGGGCCGAAGAAUUCUAUGUUUGGAGACUUCGGCCCAUUCCCGGCUUCGGUCUUGGGACCAUAUGUGAGGGGGAAUGUCCCAAGGCAACAGCAGAUUCAGACCUUCGGAUCACUAGCUUUGAUUUGAUGAAAGUUGUCAACGGGGAAGAAAGUGAGGACUCUUUCGUUCUCUGUUUAGCAUAUUCCAACUCGACAUUAAAGAUUUCCCAUUACAUCUCUACCGAUGACGGAGGCACUUUCUGCGUUCUCGCCAACGGUAAAUACACGACAAACUGCCUUACUAUAAUAAAAUUUUGCAGAUCUGGUUCGGGGCUUUCAUUGAUUACUGCGUCUACAGACGGGCAUAUUGCAACUUGGAACCUAUCCGAAAGCCUAGGUGAUUUAUUUUUUCUCGAUGGCAAUUGUCUGAAACCGCUGUCACGUAACCAACCUUCUUCCACCCCGCAUACAAUAAGCUGGCAACACCGGCACUGCAUCCACCAAAGUAGCAUCAAAGCCAUGGAGGUAUCGACCCUAUUGCAGGGAGAGUAUCUGAUAGUGGCUGGUGGAGACGAUAAUUCCAUCUCGAUUUCUCGUCUGAGUAUCGGUGGGGGUAUAAACUCCGAUACCGCUACUAAUUCAUUCUCCACAGUUUCAUUGCCUCAAGCACAUGCAUCUGCUGUCACUGCCAUAUCUAUCCUGGAACAUCGAAGUCGACCGGUAGCAUCGAAUGGACGUUGCUGUUCAGUAUUUAAGUUUCUUGUCGUAUCAUCUGGAAACGAUCAACGACUCAAGCUCUGGUGGGUGGAAAUAGAUUCUACGAAAAUGGAAAAGAAUCAAAUUUCAAUAUCUCUACUACAAGAUGUUUACACUGCGGUAGCAGAUAUGUCAUCUAUCGUCACCUUCAGAGAACAGAUCGACGAGAUAGAGGCGGAUGAGUGCGGAACUUUGAAAGAUAGAAUUUUGCUAUGCGGAGUUGGCACAGAUCUGUGGUCUUUGGAUAAGCAAUAA